AGGAGGCCACGACCCCAAAUUAGCAAAGAAAUUUGGUUUUCUUGGUUUUCUGGAACUGGGUUUCUCUCGGCUAUGGCGGAUAAGGUUUGCCUGAUGGCCUUCCAUGGUUGCCCUCACGGCCUCGUUCUGAACCAGGAGCAACCCAUGAGCUAUAUCAAGGAUUUCCAAUCAUUUAUGCCAAGUUUUGGAGCAAAGGAGGAAAUCACAAAGUUAGGAUCUUUGAAAUUGAUGCCGCAGCAAUGUGAGGAGCCAUGGAAACUCAAAAGUGGAGUGCCGGAGGCCAACUGGUUUGUAAAGACUGUCUCAGAAAUUGAAAGACCUGCUCUGAAUGUGCAAGAUGUUCGUCCAGACUCAGUGCUGUUCAGCUGUGGAAUUGCCGAACACUUCAUAAGACGUGAAAAAAUGUUGCAGUUCCUCAGAUCAGGAGAAAGUGAAGUGGAGAGAGGCGGAAUAGAUAUAACCUUACUAUAUGACUUGAUGGGGUUACAUGAAAUGGGCCAACAACCAUCAAUGCCUUCUCUUAUCUACCCGAGUAGUGAGUUGAAUACCCAGAAGCCCCUCUUGGACUUUGUAGGCAGCCUUCACUGGAGUUCAAAAGUUACAGUUCAGCCCGAUGGUCGAGUCUUAUUCACAGGUACCGAGGCUGAGAUGAAGCAUCUCCUUUCAGUUGUUGCUGAAUUUUACUCCUUGAGAAACACAGUUGUUUGGAAAAAGCAGUCUGUAUUGGUUCCGCACUUUAAGAGUGUGGGGUGCCGGGAAGCAGGAGUUGUUAUUGAUGGAACUUCGUUCAAUAUGCAAGCUACUACCCUUGCUCCUUUAAAGAGUCCUGAAAAAGUUAAGACAAAGGCGAAGCCAAAGCAGAAGAGUGGUAAAAAAGCGGGCAAAGAUAGAGAUCUCUACAAGAGGAACUAUUUCCACGCCUGUGAGAGCCUUCUAUCUAUAAUGAUGAGCAGAAAACAGAAUGGGAAAGUGGCAAUCCUCUCACUUAAACGAUCUGGCCCCGAGCUUCCGGAUCUCCUGACCCAGUUUUCUGCCGCUAUUGCUGGAACUGGGUUGGCUGUCCUCUUCUCUGUCCUCUGUAAAGUAGCUUCUGGGAGGGUACCCUUUUGUGCGUCCAAACUCUUGAAUACUGGAGUUGCAUUUGCAUUAGUUUGGCUCUCUUGUGGGGUGAACAAACUGAGGGAUACAAUCGUGCAAAUCAGCAAGAAUUCAAAGAAGCGGGCUUUAAAAGACGAGGAAAUCAUGGAAAGGGUAGAUAGAAGCGUGAAGGAGAUUUACUUGAGAGCGGGAACAUUGAUGGCAGUGGCGGUGUUGAGGCUUGCUUGAGCAUGAAAUGAGAAGAGGAAAGAGAAAACGUAAAGAUGGUUUGAAGAACAUUGGACCGGAUGGUGAGUAUAAAUGUACACAUGGUGUCCGAUUUGGGUGAUCGUCAGACAGAUGAAGCUUGAUGGGCAUGAGGUGAAGGAUCCUUCUUCGAAAGACAUUGAAUUCUGAUUCCGAAGCACUCCACUCCACAGCUGACGGGAACCGGAGCUCCCCGGAGCUCUGGCUAAUGACCAGUCAGCCGGUAGUAGUACUUUUGUAGCAAUAGUUAAUGUAGAAUGUAAAUUCAUAGGAGCGUAACAUUGUGGUCUGUAACACAAUACAAUUUUGUGCAUCCAAUGUAGGUUCAACUUUCUAUUCUA